UAAAAAUGUCGAAAUAAUACUAUAAUAAUAUGUGGUAGGAGACAAUAAAUGAUAUUCAAGACUUGAUAUAAGUUGAGAAUUUUUAGAAUGAACCAGACUUUUUAAAAAAACCCUCUUAAGAUCUUUUUCAACAUUAUGCAUAAAAUUACAUACGUUACAUAGGGAUAUAUAAGAAGUUUAAAUUAAAAAAUAAUUAUUAUUAGAUUAGAAGAUUGUUAUGAUUAGAUGGUACAUCCUUAGAAAAAAAUAAAUUUGAAAGAAUUAUUAGAAUUAGCAAUAAUAAGAAUGAUUGAAAAUAAAAAAUUAGUAAUCCAAUAUAAUGUACAUUCAAACAGUUACCAAUCAGAUAUGGUGAAUUUAGAUGAGUUGAUUACAGAUUUAAAAUUAACUCCAGAUUAUUUAGAAGUGCCAAUUCCAAGGUAUUUUAAAAAGGAAACAGAUAAAGAAAGAUUGGAUGAGAGAAACUUUAUAAUAGAUAAAACAUUAUAGGAUAUGGAUUUAGGUUAACCUGAAGAAACAGUUAUAGAAGAAUAAUAUUUUUUAGAUACAAAAGAAGAAAAUAUUUUAGAAAUAAUAUAGAGAAAUGAAAGAGGAAGAUAAGGAAUUUAGAGAGGAUUAUAAUGUAAAUAAUUAAGGAAGGAUAAAUUAAGAAAAGAAAAUAAAACAAAAAGAUUAGCAGAAGGUGAAGAAAUAACUGAUGAAUAAGAAAAUGAGAAAGCAGUUUUGAUAAUUUAAAAAUAUUUUAAAGGAUACAAGGGAAGAGAAUAAGUUUAUUAUAUGAGAGAAGAAGAAAUGAAAUUUUUAGGAAUUUAAAGAGAUGCAGAAGAUCCAAAAUAACCUAAUUCUUAAUCUAUGAAAUCAUAAGAAUAAAGAUAAAAGUAUAUAAAAAAUACAUAUAUAUUUAGAAUGACCUUAAUUUAAUAAUAACAUAUGAAAGAUUAUGAAGCUAAAAAGAUAGAACUAAAAAAAUUGGUAUAGGAAACAGAAGGGCCAGAAAUUAAAGAAAAAAAAAUAAAAGAAAGAAUAGAUUGGAUAGAUAUGUAUUUAGAUAAAACAGAAGGAAGUAAUGAAUUGAUUAUCUUAAGAAAAAUUGCCUGCAAAAGCUAUUGAUUAUUAUGAUGAUAAAAAGAGAUACCCUCCAUCAUAAGAAGAAUUGGAUGCAUUAAAGGGAGGAAAGAAAGGUGCUAAAAAAGAAAAUAAACCUGAAAAGAAAGGUAAGAAAGGAAAAAAAGACAAGAAAGAAGAAAAGAAAGAUACAAUAGAUUUAACUACAGUUGUAAAAAUAAAUGAAAGAGUUGAAGAAUAUUUGACAACUUGGGGUUCUACAGAUGAUUCAACAAAUUUUUAAUAGACUUUUGUAACUGAUGUAGCAAAAGGAUUAGUUAGAUAAUCUGUAGAAACAGAAAUGAAUAGUUUAGUUGAUGAAUUAAUAGAAAUAGAAUUAGAUAAUAGACAUUUAUUCUUAUUAAAGAAACCCAGAAAAAGACCACCAAAACCCAAACCACCUAAAGCUCCUAAACCAAAAAAUUUUAAAGUGCCAGGUGCAGGUGGUGUAAAAGGAAGAGAUGUUUUUGAUUUAUUAAGUGAAUUGUUAGAAUAUGGAAUAGUCAAAAAGUUAAUGCCAGCAAAUUUAGCUGAUCUAAAAGGAGGAUAAAAUGUAUUAGGAGCUACUUAAGAAUAAUAAUUUUCAACUACACCUGAUCCUUCUUAUCCUCAAUUAAGAUCAGCAUUAGCUGAAUUUGUUGGAAUGUAAUUAGGUUCUCCUGUUUUAAAAGAAAAAUUAGAUAAAAUGUCUUAUUUCUUAUUCUUUGGACCAUCUGGAUCAGGUAAAACUUUAGCAAUUAGAGCUUUGGCUACUGAAUGUAAUGCUAUGUUACUUGAUAUAACUCCAAGUUCUCCAGAAGUUUAAUAAAAGUUCUCUGAUAAAUCUUCAAUAGGAAAAACAUUUUAUACUGUUUUUUAUGUGGCUAAAGUUUUGCAUCCCACAAUUAUAUUUAUGGAUAAUAUAGAAUAAGUUUUUGGAUCUGCUAAAAAGAAAAAAGGUGUUCCUGCAGCUCCAUGGGCUAAAUUAAAGAAGCCACUUUAAGAUUUUAAAAAGGCUAAGUUUAUUGAACCAACUACAAGAGUUGUUUUUAUAGGUUGUACUAAUUAACCUGAAUUAAUGAUUAUGAAGGAUUCAAAAAAUUUCUUUGAAAAAAAGUUCUUUUUUCCAAUGUUAAAUUAUGAUACAAGGUUAACUUUAUUAAAGUAUUUUAUUGAAGAGAAAGGAAUAAAAUUAGAACCUAAUUUCCCUUUGAGUACUUUAGCUCAUUUAACAGAAGGAUAUACUGCUGGAUCUUUUAAAAAUGCUAUUGAUAAAAUAAUAACACCAGAAAGAAUCAAAAAGAUACCAGAUGAACCAAUUACUAUAGAUGAAUUUUUAGCUAGACUUUCAAGAUAACCAUAUGUAAAGUCUUAGGUAGAAUAUGAUAAAUUGAGAGUAUUUUAUAUUAGUUAUUGUAGACAUUCUUUGAUGAGGUAACAGGAACAAAAGAAAGAAGAGAAAAAUCAAAGGCUGUUGCAGUUGAUCCUAAAAAGGGUGGAAAGAAAAAAUGA